AUGGGACUUUAUCAUUUAUAUAGUCACAGUGUUGAGAUAAAAUACAAAAGUUAUUUUCUAUCAAAAGCGACUCUAUUCACAUUACUCAUUACGGCUUUGAAUAUAAUUUUACCGUUUAUUGUGGCUUAUAGGAGUAGAGGAUUUUGGCUCAAGUCACAUAGUUUUUAUGAACAGCCAGUUGUACGUCCUACAUAUGAGUACUUAUUGGUAGCCACAACCCUGGAUCCCAGUGAAUUCAUUAUUUGUGGUGAUGCUACGAACUUAAAACUGGAAAAAUGGAAUGAUGACAACUGUGCGGAAACUCAAAUCCAAGAUUAUGAUUAUAAUGCUGAUGGUAGACCAGAUAUGCUACAUUUUCAGUUUGCCCUUAAUGUGCCACCAAAAUAUGUAAUAACAUCAAUUGUUUUAAUUUUAGGAAUAGAUUUACAGUUACAGACAACUUGUGAAAUGCACAUGCAAGCAUUAGCAACAAUAAAUAGGCAAUUUACAAUACCACCAUCUAGAUUUUACUAUAUUGGAGACCUAGAAUUUUAUCAAAAAUCACAUCUACCAUGCCUAAAAAAUGUUAUAGAUACAAGUUAUAAUACCUCAUUAUUUAACAUUCCUUAUAAGCAAGGCGAUUUUAUAGAGUACACAUUGCAAAAAUACUUCAAAAGAACAGCAAUAACACAGGUGAAAACACUAUUUUCCAACAGUCAUACUGGCAACACUGAGGUCUUAAAUAUAAUUAUCAAUUUAGAAGUACCUGAGAUGAACAUCAGAUAUCAACCAAGUAUAAUGCAAGAAUUAAAAUGGGCUUGGCCACAAUAUCUUUCGCUUGUGGCAAUAUUUUACUGGUUAUUCAAUCAAGUAAAGAAGUUUGUAUUCAACAAGCGUCUAUUAAUGGCAUGGGAAGUUGUGCCAUGGAAAUAAAGAUAAGAAGAUUGAUUAGUAUAAUUAUGAGCUAUCUACAUAGUCAUGACCUAAUUAAAUCUGUAAACAGAAUGAUGGACAAGGUAACAAGCUCAGUACCACUGACUCAACUACCAAAUUUGACAAAGAACAUAUUGAUUUACUUCACCAUACAAUGAAGU